AUGCUUCAUCAUCAAAGCCUACUUCGUGAACGCAUCAGUGCUUCAUCAUCAACGCCCCGGGGGUCAAAUUUCGCUCUGUUCAUUCACACAGUGAAGUUCUUUCCUGGAGUUUUCUACCAUGGCAAGGUCACUGCAGUCAUACCUAUAAUCGGUCGCAUAUUACCGUUCUUUGCCAAACCUGCAUUCUGGCAUGAGACAUUCAGUUUAAUGGAUGACAUUAUACUAGCCUGGAAAUCCAGUUUUGUAACUAGUUGUCCUAAACUGGCUGCAUUGCCGAAGGGUUACACCCGUGCUGUGCUUUCACUCCUUGUUGGAGCCAAUAGGCUCUGCUUGGGUUCCAUGGACAAGACAAUGAGAGUAUGGGACCUCCAAACUUUGCAGUGUAUCCAGAUACUUAAUGGUCAUGCUGAUGUUGUGAUGUCGGUCCUUUACUGGGAUAGCUUCUUGUUAUCUGGGCCCCUGGACAGUACAAUUAAGGUUUGGGCUGCAACUGAAAGUGGGAACUUGGAAGUAGUAUAUGAACAUAAUGAAGAGCAUACCAUGCUGAUGCCAAAGCCUAUUCUGCUUUGCUCAUGUAAUGACAAUACCGUCAGCCUAUAUGACUUGCCAAUACUUAUUGAAAGGGGAAGAAUAUAUGCAAAGCUGGAAGGUCUAGCUAUUCAGAUAGGCCAUGGGGGCCUCUUUUUCACAGGAGAAGCAACCAGGCAGCUGUUUGUCAGGAAUUGCUUGGCGAGGUAA